AUGUGUGGUAUUUGUUGUGUGCUGAGCUUGUCCCCCUCCCAGCUUGUGCUGGAGAAGAGUGUGCAUGAAAACCUAAGGAAAAGAGGGCCUAACUCCAGUUGCAACAUCACCAAAACUGCUUCAAAUCCCCACUACCAGUGUCUGUUCUCUGCUCAUGUACUUCACAUGAGAGGUUGCCUUGCCCCUCAGCCAGCACAAGACAGUAACAGGAAUGUAUUGAUGUGGAAUGGAGAGGUUUUUGGAGGACUGUUAUUGAGACCAGAAGAGAAUGACACUGAUGUUCUUUCCCACCACCUCUCAGCCUGCAACAGCCCUACAGAGAUCCUGUCUGUCCUGGCCAAUGUCAGAGGACCCUGGGCUUUUACAUAUUACCAACAGGCUGGACACUAUCUUUGGUUUGGGAGAGACUUCUUUGGCCGGCGAAGCCUGCUUUGGCAAUAUGAUGCUGAGGAGAAGUCUUUGACUCUGACGUCUGUGGCUGCCUGUCUCCCUGGCUCUGACGGACCACCACAGUGGCAAGAGGUUCCAGCAGUUGGUGUUUACAGGAUUGAUCUGAGGGCGUUUGCAGAGUCUGGCUGUUUGACCUUUGAGGUUUAUCCAUGGGUUCACGCAGGCGAGAAUCUAUCGUCUGUUAGUCAUGAAUCUAAGUGGGAGGGUAUCCCUAGUUACACCUCAGCAAUGAUGAACAAUUCAGGUCUCUCCCUCACCUCUCCAGUUUGCCCACUGAACAUGUCAAUCCCUCAGUUGUUGAAGGAGGUAGAACAUGAUCCAAGCUCACAGUCCUCAGUUGAAGAUCUGGAGGUGAUGCUAAAGUCUGGCGAGAGAGAGCCUGUGGUAAAUUGUCUCAUUGAUGUACUCAGUGAGGCAGUACGGAGGCGUGUGCAAUGUCUUCCCUUUGAUACACAGGUGACAUCACCACUGACCAAUAACGAGGCAGCAAUCGCAAUCCUUUUCUCAGGAGGGAUUGAUUCCAUGGUUCUGGCAGCCCUGGCCGACCGCCACAUCCCAACCCACCAACCAAUCGACCUUCUGAAUGUGGCAUUCAAACUGCAGGAACCAAAAAUUCAGAAGGAGUCUACCAAAAAAAGCAAAAAGCACAAAACAAAGCCAAUGGAUUCUAAAACUGACGUGGCUGAUUCCAAUGUGUAUAACCCCUUCGGCGUUCCAGACAGGAUCACUGGCAGAGCAGGCCUGCAAGAGCUUCAGGACUUGAACCCAGAGAGAAGAUGGAAUUUUGUUGAAAUCAAUGUUUCUCAGGAGGAGCUGCAGAAAAUGCGCCAUGAGCGCAUCUGUCACCUGGUGCACCCAUUGGAUACCGUGCUUGAUGACAGCAUUGGAUGUGCUGUGUGGUUUGCGGCGAGAGGAACCGGCUUCCUCACAGAAGGCAACGAAGAGAGGGGGUUCACUUCAUCUGCCAAGGUGAUUUUGACCGGUAUUGGAGCUGAUGAGCAGCUGGCAGGGUACUCCAGACACCGAGUCCGCUUCAAGACCUCUGGGCAAGAGGGUCUGGUCCAAGAGCUGGCCAUGGAGCUGGGCAGAAUCUCCACAAGGAAUCUGGGUCGAGAUGACAGAAUCAUAGCAGACCAUGGGAAGGAGGCUAGGUUUCCCUAUUUGGACGAGGAUGUGGUGUGUUUCCUGAAUGCCCUGCCAGUGUCUGAGAAGGCAGAUCUGUCCCUGCCUCGAGGUGUAGGGGAGAAACUGCUACUGAGGCUGGCUGCCAAGAAACUGGGUCUGGGGGCCUCUGCUCUACUGCCUAAGAGAGCCAUGCAGUUUGGUUCCCGCAUUGCAAAGAUGGAAAACAGCCACGAGAAGGCCUCAGACAAGUGCAAGAGACUCCUCACACCUUAGGUCAGCAUAGCAUUUAAUCAGGAAUGUUCUCUUUUUUACACUGUAUUGACAUAAAGAAACUAAGUCAUCCUCUUAAUUAGUGUCACAGUGAGCCAAAAUAUGAACAGACAUGUUUUAAUUUCAGACAAAUAUACAAAUACACAUUUUGAUUGUAAUAUAUUUUGAAUAUGUUCAUUUUCAAAAUGUUUUCUAAUCUUCAAGGCACAAAUAAAGUUACCAUUUUCUUCA